AUGGCUUCACGAGGAUGGAUGUACACUAAAAUGGCUGGAGUCUUGGUGCUCUGCUGCGCUGGAGGUCCAGCAUUGAUGUACUACGUAACACCCGCGGAGGGCGAAGUCUUCAAACGCUUCAACCCCGAUCUCCAAAAGCGCAAUCUCGAACUGCGAGAACAACGGCUCAAAAACAACGAAGAGUUCGUCUCCAAAUUAAUCGAAUAUUCCAAAUCAGAUAAACCGGUAUGGAUUGUCGCCGCGGAAGCUGAGAAGAAGGAAAAGGCCGACAGGAUAAGAAAAGAAGCAGAAGAGGGAACGGAUAGAGGGAGUAUUCGGGAGCAGAUGAGACGAGCACAAGCGGAAGGGAAGUAA